AUGACGUUUAUACAGCUAAAGGAGUCUAUGCUGGCUUUAUCAAUGGAAGAACCUGCUAAGAGGAGCAGUGUUAAGAAAUAUAAAAUAAUUUGUAUUGUUCUUCUUGCUUUGUUGGUGAUUGUGUCACUUGGAUUGGGGCUGGGGCUUGGACUCAGGCGACAAGAACAGCAAGGCAGUUGCAGGAAGAAAUGCUUUGAUUCUUCAUUCAGAGGACUGGAGAGUUGUCGGUGUGAUAUGGAAUGCAAACACAGAGGCGACUGCUGCUGGGAUUUUGAAGACACUUGUGUGGAAUCAACUCGAAUAUGGACAUGCAAUAGAUUUCGUUGUGGGGAGACCAGACUAGAGUUCAGCCUUUGCUCUUGUUCGGAUGACUGUCUGCAGAGGAAAGACUGCUGUGCUGACUACAAGAGUGUUUGCCAAGGAGAAACCUCUUGGGUGAAAGAAGACUGUGGCACAGCCCAGCAGUCUCAGUGUCCAGAAGGAUUUGAACUGCCACCAGUUAUUUUGUUUUCCAUGGAUGGAUUUAGGGCUGAAUAUUUGCAAACAUGGGACGCUCUCAUACCUAAUAUUAAUAAACUGAAAACAUGUGGAAUUCAUUCAAAAUACAUGAGAGCUGUCUAUCCAACCAAAACCUUCCCAAAUCAUUACACUAUUGUCACGGGAUUAUAUCCAGAAUCCCAUGGCAUCAUUGACAAUAAUAUGUAUGAUGUAAACCUCAACAAGAAUUUUUCACUUUCAUCAAAGGAGAAAAAUAAUCCCGCUUGGUGGCAAGGACAACCAAUCUGGCUGACAGCAAUGUAUCAAGGUUUAAAAGCUGGUAGCUUCUUUUGGCCUGGAUCAGAUGUGGCUAUCAGUGGCUCCUAUCCUUCCAAAUAUAUGAACUACAACAGAAGUAUCCCAUAUGAAGAAAGGAUCUCUACAUUGUUAAAAUGGCUGGACCUGCCCAAAGUUGACAGACCUGAUUUUUACACCAUCUAUGUGGAAGAGCCUGAUUCUGCCGGACAUAAGAGCGGGCCGGUCAGUGCUCAAGUAAUUCAAGCCUUACAGUUGGUAGAUAAGGCUUUUGGAAUGUUGAUGGAAGGCCUAAAACAGCGGAACUUACACAACUGUGUCAAUAUUAUCCUUUUGGCAGACCAUGGAAUGGAUCAGACUUACUGUGACAAGGUGGAAUAUAUGACUAAUUAUUUUCCGCGAAUAAACUUCUACAUGUAUGAAGGGCCUGCACCUCGUAUCCGGGCUCGUAACAUACCUCACGACUUUUAUAGUUUUAAUUCUGAAGAAAUCGUUAGGAACCUCAGUUGCCGGAAACCUGAUCAGCAUUUCAAACCCUAUUUGACUCCUGAUUUGCCAAAACGACUACACUUUGCCAAAAAUGUUAGAAUUGACAAAGCUCAUCUUUUGGUGGAUCAGCAGUGGCUGGCUAUGGUAGAUAGAUGGGAAGAUGAUAUCCGCUGUCUUGCAGAUCUUCUACACAUUCAACCAGCACCAAACAAUGGCACCCAUGGUAGUUUAAACCAUCUUCUGAAGGUACCUUUUUAUGAGCCAACCCAUGCAGAGGAAGUGUCAAAGUUUUCUCUUUGUGGCUUUACUGUUCCAUUGCCCACAGAUGCUCUAAGUUGUUCAUGCCCUGAGCUACAAAACAAUUCUUCUCUAGAACAUGUGAAUCAAAUGCUAAAUCUCUCUCAAGAUGAAAUAACAGCGACAGAGAAACUAAAUUUGCCAUUUGGGAGGCCCAGGGUUAUGCAGAAGAACAAGGAACACUGUCUUCUCUAUCACAGGGAAUAUGUCAGUGGAUUUGGAAAAGCUAUCAAGAUGCCCAUGUGGAGCUCCUAUACAGUACCGAAACCAGGAGACACAUCGCCUCUUCCUCCCACUGUCCCAGGCUGUCUACGGGCUGAUGUCAGGGUUGCUCCUUCUGAAAGCCAAAAGUGUUCCUUUUAUUUAGCAGACAAGAAUAUCGCCCACGGCUUCCUCUAUCCUCCUGCAAACAAUAGAACUUCUGAUAGUCGAUAUGAUGCUUUAAUCACAAGUAAUUUGGUCCCUAUGUAUAAAGCAUUUAAAGAAAUGUGGGAUUACUUCCACAGUGUUCUUCUUGUGAAACAUGCCAUGGAAAGAAAUGGAGUAAAUGUGGUUAGUGGGCCAGUAUUUGAUUAUAAUUAUGAUGGUCAUUUUGAUGCUCCAAAUGAAAUUACAGGAUAUAUGGAGAACACUACUGUUCCCAUCCCAACGCACUACUUUGUGGUGCUGACCAGUUGCAAAAAUCAGAGCCACACCCCCGAGGCCUGCCCUGGGUGGUUGGAUGUCCUACCCUUUAUUAUCCCUCACCGACCUACCAACGUGGAGAGCUGCCCAGGAGAUAAACCAAAAGCUGUUUGGAUUAAAGAAAGAUGGCAAGCCCACAUCGCUCGGGUCCGCGAUGUGGAACUUCUUACUGGACUGGACUUUUACCAGGAAAAAGCACAGCCUGUCUCUGAAAUUUUGCAACUCAAGACAUAUCUACCCACAUUUGAAACCAUUAUUUAACUUAAUAUAUAAAUGAAUUCUGGCAGAACGUAAAUGAUUUUUUCCUGUUAAAUAAUCAC